AGGAGGGGGGGAGACGGUUGUGAUGACAAGCUUGCCUUUAGUGGAAUAGACCUAUGGGGACAGAAGUGUGGCUCAGACCCUCCCUGAUCUAUCAGGGACAAGACCUACUGACUCUAUUUUGCCAUGAUCUCUGUGACUGUUUGGACAACACUGACAACCUCUGUCCUCUUAGCAGGAUACCUGGAUCAGACUGAGCAUCUUGGAUCAAAAUGGCCAUCCUUCAUAUCAAGCACAAGCACCCGUGGAUUUAUGUCUUGAAUUAUGAGAAUUAUGAAACUGUGAAUUAAAGGAAUAAUGGAGAUUCCUUCUGUGGUGAAUUUGGAGGAACAUCAGGCUUGGAAAGCUUCAGGAUUUCAAAAAUUCCCACCACAGGACUUCAAUCCAGAAAUCUCUGGUUUCUCAGCUAAUGACUCAGUGGACCACAGAGAGGAUGAUCGUCUCCCUGAAGCUGAAAGCUCUCCAGAUGAAGAUGUACACAAUGUGAAGAAUACAUUCAGUCAUAGAAAAGCUGUUGAAGGUUUGUGCCGGCAGCAGCAUGAACAAGUGUCAGUCAUUUCUUGUGAAGCAGCUCUGGACCAGAAUAAACAGGCAACAGCUCAGCUACACAAUGAAGGUAUCGUGUUCACAAAACCCAAGUUGAAUGACAGCUGCUGUUGUGUUUCACUUCCUGUUCCUGCUGCAGAAACCGAGUCAGAUCAGAGUCAUGGUGAUCAGACUUUAGACUUGGACUGCAGAGGUGUAAAAACAUACUGUGAAAGCUUAGAGACAAAUGGCCUCGUGCUUAAUCCUGACUCCACUCCCUCCACAGCUGAUCCAGAUUCAGGCAGGAGAGUCCCUGAUCUCCCUCGCAUCAUCAAGCACAAGCCCAGCUCCAUCGCCUUCUCAAACUACACCUGCCCCCCCAUAAAUGAUGGACACGCAUAUGUGAAUGAGAGCUCUGAGGAGGGAGAGUCUUCAUCACAGGAGGAGGAUGGUCAUGACGAUGGUGAUGAUGAUGAUGAUGAUGAUGAUGAUGAUGUGUUUCUCGAGCUGCCUCAGAGCAGAGAGCUGCCCGUCCAUCACAGAAAAAGGAGCAAAGACAAAGAGAGGAGGAGAGGCGCUGCAGGUGCCCGGGUGGGAAUCAAUCACACAGAAAGAAACGGUGGAUAUGAAGCAGAGGGGGAGUGCAGAGGAGAAAAGGAGUGUCCGAAGAUGAAGUCUCCCUGGUCGGAUUCGAUAAGCCAGCUGAUGAUGAAACUGGACCAGCUCCAUCAGGACAUCGAAGAGGCUCUGAGUGCGAGCUCCUCCCCCUCCGACACACCCUGCAUCACCCGUAAGAAACAGUGGGGUGCUGCUUCCAAGUCCACGUCAAACCAAACCCCGACCCCGAACGACCAAGUCGUCCAAGGACCAGAGAGAGGGGAAUGUCUGAGCCAGGACGGGUCUUCAGCUCCUUGCAGUGCCUCAAUGGGGACGAGAGCAACGAAUAAGAAGACGAUGUUCAACAAGGUGACCAACGCAGCAGGUGCAGAGAUUGAGGCGAAAGAGGCGUGUGACUGGCUGCGGGCAGCAGGAUUUCCCCAGUAUGCUCAGCUCUUUGAAGACUCCCAGUUCCCCAUCGACAUCACUCCUGCGAAAAGGGACCAUGACUUUCUGGACAAAGAUCUCGUGGAACCUCUGUGCAGGCGACUCAACACCUUGAACAAGUGCGCCUCUUUGAAACUUGAUGUGAACCUUCCCAAGAAGAAAAGUGAAGACUCUGAUGAAGAAGACCUGUUUGCUAUCAGUGACAAAUGGACAUUUGAGUGGAGCAGCCGGCGCUGGUCCAGGCUACAGGACAUCGACUGUCUGCUGGAAAACCACGGGGAGGGUCAUCCUUCCAGGGACGGCGUUCCUCUGAGAACUACCACCAGCAGUGAGAGCGUUCUGACUGACCUCAGCGAGCCGGAGGUCUCUUCUCUGCACAGCGAGAGCAGCGGCGGCAGCGGUCACAGGGGCCUCAGCACGGAGGACUCUGACUGCUCCAACCGUACCUGCUCGGAUUCUGCAGCAAUGCCAGACUCUACUUCUCUCACAAUGCCCCACAUCCCUAAAGAAAUAACCCACUUCAGCUCUAUCACAGACAAACAUGGCAAGACAAGCCGAACCCGUGCCAAAGACUUCCUAAAACGCAUGGAGACUCUGCGCUCCAAGGGAACUCUAGGGAGAGGACGUAAGACGAUAGUGAUCAGCGCUCCAGUGCUGCAGCAGGAGGCCCAGGCACUAAAGACACUUCGCUGUGUGGAGAUAAUCAACGGGGAUGUUGAGGCUUCAGACACACCGUCCAACAAAGUGGUUCCGUCCCAGUCCAGCAGCGAGGGCAGCAGCCACUCUAGUGGCAGUGCUGUCAGCACGCCUAGUCUGAAGGAACGUAAGCCUCAUCGGGCGGAUUACAAACGCAGCGGCAUGUAUUUGGAGGACGUUGACAUUUUCUCAGGCACUCAAGUGAAUAAAGUGGCCGAACAAAACCGCAGGAAUGAAUUCUGCUCCUAUGAAGACCUGGUGGUCCACAUCCCCAAAGAUCACAAGCCAGGAACCUUCCCCAAAGCACUGUCCAUAGAGAGCCUGUCCCCCACCAACGGGGCUUCUAUCAACUGGCACACAGGCAGCAUGCACCUGGACUCCCCUCCACUCAUUACAUGCAGGAAGGAAUCCAGACCUGUCACCCAGUGCUGCUCCAGAGGAAGCCGCAUCAGCGUGUACGAUAAUGUUCCCGGCUCCCAUCUGUACGCCAGUACAGGAGACCUGAUAGACCUGGAGAAAGAGGACCUGUUUCCUCACCUGGACGAUAUCUUGCUGCAUGUCAAUGGCUUACAGCAGAUAGUGGAUCACUGGUCUCAGAAUGUGUUACCUGUGGGAGAGGGGUUAGUGCCGGUGGACAAUGAGAGGAGAGACAAUACAGAUGGCCUACAAUCUUCCAGUCAGAUCACGUUGGACUUCGAAGGAAAUUCUGUCACAGGAAGUCAGACCACGCCAAGUUACGGGGACGGAGACAGAGUGUCAUUAGCAGAGACAGAAUCUACACGGCUCAGGGAGAGGAGGGACUCAGGAGUGGGCGCUUCACUCACAAGACCCAAUCGGUUACGAUGGCCCAGCUUUCAGAUAUCUAAUCGUAUAAGUCAUUCAGUGGCAUCGCUGCAGAUAACCAACCAGUCAGCAGGCCAGCUAAGUCUGCUGCAGAAGUUUUCUCUUCUGCGUCUCACUGCAAUUAUGGAGAAGUACUCCAUGUCCAACAAACAUGGCUGGACCUGGUCUGUGCCAAAGUUCAUGAAGAGAAUGAAGGUACCAGACUACAAGGACAAGAAUGUGUUUGGAGUACCUCUCAUCGUGCAUGUGCAGCGUUCAGGACAACCAUUGCCGCUAGGCCUCCAGCAGGCUCUGCGCUACCUGAGGAGCCAGUGUCUUGACCAGGUGGGUCUGUUUCGUAAGUCUGGGGUGAAGUCUCGAAUUCAAGCUCUCAGGCAGAUGAAUGAGAGCUCUCCAGACAAUGUGAACUAUGAAGACCAGUCUGCGUAUGAUGUGGCAGACAUGGUGAAGCAGUUCUUCAGGGAUCUACCCGAGCCUCUUCUCACCAGCAAGCUGGGGGAGACUUUCCUUCACAUCUAUCAGUAUGUGCCAAAGGACCAAAGGUUGCAAGCUGUCCAGGCAGCCAUCAUGUUGAUGUCGGAUGAAAAUCGAGAGGUGCUGCAGACCUUGCUCUGUUUCCUCAGUGAUGUCACUUCCUCUGUGGAGGAGAACCAGAUGACACCCAUGAACAUUGCUGUGUGCUUGGCUCCAUCCCUCUUCCAUCUUAAUAUUCUCAAGAAAGACAAUCUCUCACCAAGGGCCAUGCAGAAGAAGUAUGCCACUGGCAGACCAGACCAGAAGGACCUGAAUGAAAACUUAGCAGCCACACAAGGCCUCGCUCAUAUGAUCAUAGAGUGCAACCGUCUCUUUGAGAUCCCUCAUGAGAUGGUUACUCAGUCGCGUAAUUCUUACGUGGAGGCUGACUUGCAUGCACCAACAAUUGACGAGCUGUGCAAGCAGCUGGAAGAUGAUGAUGGAACGUACCAAACGCAUAUGGAGGGGAGGCUUCAGAACCUGCUCAAAGAGGCCCGCGAAAAGUCCAAGUACUGGGUGUCCUGCAGCAGCUCUGAUAACACAGAGCUCUUCUACAAGAAGGUGGGCGAUGGGAACCCUUUGAGGCGUUGGAAAGUCUCUGUGGAGGUGGAAGCACCACCGUCUGUAGUUUUGAACCGUGUGCUGCGUGAGCGCCACCUAUGGGAUGUUGACCUGCUGCAGUGGAAAGUCUGUGAGACGUUGGACAAGCAUACAGAGGUGUUCCAGUAUGUCCUCAACCGCAUGCCACCUCAUCCUAGCAGAGACUUUGUAGUGAUCAGGUCAUGGAGGACAGACUUGCCAAAAGGUGCCUGCUCCCUGGUUUCUGUGUCCAUAGAGCAUGAGGACUGUCCUUCUAUCGGAGGUGUACGAUCAAUAGUGCUGGAGUCCAACUACCUGCUGGAGCCCUGCGGCUCAGGAAAGUCCAGACUAACUCACAUCUGCAGAGUGGACUUGAAGGGUAGAACUCCAGAUUGGUACAACAAAGCCUUUGGCCACCUUUGUGCUGCAGAAGCUGCCCGCAUCCGCAAUUCCUUCCAGCCUUUAAUCACAGAUGGCCCGGAGACCAAAAUCUGAAACUUUUUGUCAGAUGUGUCUGCUCAGCUUUGAGGUCAAGAUUGAGCCGUUGAUUCAUGGCUAACAGGCAGACACAGAGCACUGACAAAACCCCUGAACUAAAGCACAGUUUGUCAAUUUUUUUCAGAUAAAAAAAGUCCUAAAAUUGAUUUUGGGCUUCUCUGUACUUGCACAAUGACUGAAGAGGACAUAUUUUAGGUGCUGAACAUAAAUACUCAAUGGGAAAUAAAUCAUCCUGCCAAUGUUGAUAGAGUUAGGAUUUUAUUUACCUUCAUGUUGCUAAACCUGUAUUUUAAAAUAAUUAUUAUCUUUAAUAAUAUUGUAUUACUGUUACUUUAAUCUACAAUGUCUAGGACAUUCAAGCUCUUAAAUGCUUCUGGGAAGCAUGUUUAUGUUAUUCUUUUCAGAUUUAAGCUAUAAUUAUGAUAUAGACUCAAGCGUCUGUGUAAAUAUGUGUGAAUACACUGUACAUGCAAACAAACUGUAAAUACUGUAUAUAUGUGAAGGGAUAGUACAUAUGUGAAUAUCUUAUAUAUUGUUUUUUUCAGUGUCAACCCUCCUGUAAUACUCAUGGUACAAAAGUGUAAGCUGGUUUUACUUUGCUUCAGUAUUGCCAUUUCUGAAUGGGUGUAAUUUUAUGAACUUUGACCUCCUAUGGUUGUGAAAUGAAUGACUUAAGGUUUGACUUGAUCAUACCUGCUUAAGGGUACUGGAUUGUGAAGUCAAGUACAAGAACAUCAUUUUUUAAUAAAACUAUCGAAAUGUUAAAAAAAGGUUAUUUUCUCUGAUUCUUAAUCUUGCUGUCACAUGAAGACAACACAUCAGGAUGUUUGAUGAACUUCUGAGUUAUAGGCAACUGCUGAUCUUUAAAGAUGUCUGGAUGUAUGUUUUGGACAGUAAAAAUCAAAGAGUUCAGAAGCAUUUGUUCAAAUAAAAACGUCAUGAUCAUGUACACUUCUUGUACACUGAUGGUUUCUCCCUGAUCUGGGAUGAGAGAGACCUCUACUGGCCAUAUAAAGGAAACACUUGAU